CAGAUCUCGCGCCCCCGUUUCUACACCUUUAUUACCGGCUUUUUUAUUAAUUUCUUAACUGAAAUUCUAAUCUCCCCACCACCUGUAAUUCACCAUGUCGGACACCCAGAAGCCUGUUGAGGAAACCCCCGCGGCCGCCCCCGCCACUGAGACUCCUGCUGAGGCUCCUGCGACGGAGACUCCCGCUGCUGAAGCUCCCCAGGAGACCCCCGCGGAGGCCACUGAGGCUGCUCCCGCUGCGGAGAGCACUGAGGAGGCCCCCAAGGAGGAGGAGGCCAAGAAGGAGGUCACCCCCGCGACGGACGGUGUGCUGGGAUACAAGGCUCCCGGUCUCGUCAAGAGCCUUCGCUUCGUCAAGCGCUACUUCUACUUCAGCGAGGAGCCCGUCGAGGUCAAGUCUCUCUCCCAGUACCUCCAGACCGAGAAGGCUUCCGUCGCUCACCCCCUCGCCGCCUGGGCCAGCCAGUCUGGCAAGGGUCUGCUGUUCUUCGCCAAGCGCGCUGAGGACAAGGCCACCCCCGCCGGUAUCCUCUCUCUGGCCGACGUCACCGUCUCCAAGGAGGGCUCUUCUGAGUUCAUCAUCAAGGCCAACGGCCAGAAGCACACUUUCCAGGCCGCCUCUGCGGAAGAGCGUGACAGCUGGAUCGCCGCCGUCGAGGCCAAGGCCACUGAGGCCAAGGCUGAGAAGGAGGCCAUCACCUCCAGCGAGGGCUACAAGGCCGAGCUGGAGAAGCUGAACAAGGGCGCUGAGCCUGAGGCCACAAAGAAGGACGAGUCCGCCCCCGCUGACGAGGACAAGGCUACCAAGAGCCGCUCCCAGUCCCGUAAGCGCGCCAGCAUCUUCGGUGCCUUCCUGAACAAGAAGGAGGAGACUGCUGAGGAGAAGAAGGAGGAGAAGAAGGAGGACAAGGCUGAGGAGGCCAAGCCCGCUGAGCCCGCCGCUGAGACCACCGAGGCUUCCGCUGCCACUGAGACUCCUGCUGAGGCUCCUGCUGCUGCUGAGGCUACCGAGGACAAGAAGGAAGAGAAGAAGGCUGAGGCUCCUGCGAAGAACAAGCGCACCUCCAUCUUCGGCAACUUCUUCCAGAAGGUCACCAGCCCGACCACCGAGAAGUCUGAGAAGGAGGCCAACGGCACUGAGGAGACCACUGCUGUCUCCAGCACCGCUCCUCAGCUGGAGAACCCCGUCGAGGAGGCCAACAAGCCCGCUGAGGGUGAGACUGAGGCUCCCGCCGAGGGUGAGGCUGCCAAGAAGGACGAGUCCGCCCCGGCUGCUGAGGCCACCGCUGAGGCUACCACCCCCAAGGACAAGCGCCGCACCUCUUUCUUCGGCACCUUCGGCAAGAAUGCGAAGAAGGGUGAGGCCUCGGACUCCGAGGGCGAGGCCAAGCCCAAGAACAAGCUUGGUGGUCUGUUCCGCAAGCCCAGCAAGGCCGUGAAGUCCGGCAAGGACAAGGAGGCCGCUCCCGCUGAGCCUGAGACCAUCCCCGAGGGUGAGGACAAGCCCGAGCCCAUCAGCAAGGACGCUCCCGCCGAGGAGAAGCCCGCUGAGGAGGCCGCCAAGGAGGAGGAGAAGGAGAAGGAGGCUGUUGCUGACGCUCCCGCUGCUGCCAACGUCGCCACCACCACUGCUCCUAUCCAGGCCGCCGCGUGAAGGGUUCCCACCAGGACGAGCGUCGUCGAGUUUGAGAAGUGGUGGGACCAGCGGUAUACGUCUCGUUCUGGCAUCUCUACAGCCCUGAUGACUGACGUCGCUCCAUGAGAAUCUUCAUACAAAAAAAAAAGCAAAAAUCGUUCUCUGCAGGAUUUCAGAUGGAAAACCCCACCCCCUCCAAUUCUUCAAACUCGCU